AUGAUCGUGGUCGUCAGCGGAUAUCGCGUCCUGCAUUGGUACGAGACGUUCGUGUGGAUACCGAACGUCAUCGCCUUUGUCGUGAUGCUUGCUGUCAGCGGGAAGCACAUCGUCGACGCGCCCCUCUCCGGAACGACGCCGGUGUAUGGGUCCACUAUCAUGACCUUCGGAGCGACGCUUACGGCCACUGUCGUGAGCUGGGCUACGAUCUCGGCAGACUACGGCGUCUACCACGACCACACCGCCAGCAGCUGGCGCAUAUUCAUCUAUACCUACCUCGGAUUCGUCGUCUCCAGUAUGCCAGCGCAGCUGAUUGGUGCAUCGCUUGCCGCUACUGCUGUCUACAUGCCAUCGUGGCGUGCGGGCCUAGGAAACGGCAACAACAUCGGAGGGCUCAUUGCUGCCGUUCUUGAACCUGCGGGCGGCUUUGGCAAAUUCCUCCUCGUCCCCCUGUCGCUGACUGCGCCCAGUCAGUGCGCGCCGUCGAUGUAUACGGUGUGCACGAGCUUCAUGACUAUAGGGCGGGUGUUCCAGCGCCUACCGCGGUUUGUCGUGGCGAUUCUCUCUACAGUAAUCCUCAUUCCUGUGGCAAUCGUCGGCUCCACUCGGUUCUAUGCUACGUUUGCCUCGAUUCUCAGCUUCAUAGGCUACUGGCUCGCGCCGUUCUUUGCUAUCGUCCUCGUAGAGCACUUCUUCUAUCGCAAGGGGCGCUGGUCCUCAUACGACGUCUUUGAAGCGUGGGACCAGCCGGGACACCCGAACCUCCCGCGAGGAUACGCUGCGGUCUUCACGUUCGUCGUCGCCAUCGGCGUCAUCGUGCUCUCCAUGGAGCAGGAUUGGUGGACGGGACCCAUUGCUGCUGCCGGGACCGGAGACGUGGGGAUGUUGCUGGGAUUCGUUGUUUCGAUCCCAGUGUACUUUUAUGCGCGAUGGGCAGAGAAACGGUGGAUUGAACCACGUGUAUAA